AUGAGGCUGCGCCCUGAUGGCCGGGCGCUGGGAGCUGCGCUGCCUCCGGUGCUGCUGCUGCUGCUGCUGCUGCCCCCGCCGCCGCCACUGCCGGGGCGCCUGUGGGCGGCAGGCACCCCCGCACCGGCCGCGCCCGGGGCCCCGCAGGAAGGCGCGCUGGGCACCGGCCGUGUGAAGCGGGGCUGGGUGUGGAACCAGUUCUUCGUGGUGGAGGAGUACACGGGCACCGAGCCCCUCUACGUGGGCAAGAUCCACUCGGACUCCGACGAGGGGGACGGGGCCAUCAAGUACACCAUCUCCGGCGAGGGCGCGGGCACCAUCUUCCUGAUCGACGAGCUGACGGGUGACAUCCAUGCCAUGGAGCGGCUGGACCGUGAGCAGAAAACCUUCUACACGCUGCGGGCCCAGGCUCGGGACCGUGCCACCAACCGUCUGCUGGAACCCGAAUCGGAAUUCAUCAUCAAGGUGCAGGACAUCAACGACAGCGAGCCCCGCUUCCUGCACGGCCCCUACAUUGGCAGUGUGGCCGAGCUCUCCCCCACAGGCGUGAUCCGGACCGCGGUGCCCGACCUCGACCGUGAGAGCCAGGAGCGCUACGAGGUGGUGAUCCAGGCCACGGACAUGGCGGGCCAGCUGGGCGGCCUCUCGGGCUCCACCACCGUCACCAUCGUGGUCACCGACGUCAAUGACAACCCGCCCCGCUUCCCGCAGAAGAUGUACCAGUUCAGCAUUAAGGAGUCGGCCCCCAUCGGCACCGCCGUGGGACGCGUGAAGGCCGAGGAUUCGGACGUGGGUGAGAACACGGACAUGACUUAUCACCUCAAAGAGGAGAGCGGCACCGGCGGCCACGUGUUCAAGGUCAUCACGGACAGCGACACGCAGGAGGCCAUCAUCGUGGUGCAGAAGAGCCUGGACUUCGAGUCCCAGCCGGUGCACACGGUGGUGCUGGAGGCGCUCAACAAGUUCGUGGACCCCCGCUUCGCCGACCUGGGCACCUUCCGCGACCAGGCGAUCGUGCGCGUGACGGUGACCGACGUGGACGAGCCCCCCGAGUUCCGGCCGCCCUCCGGCCUCCUGGAGGUGCAGGAGGACGCGCAGGUGGGCUCCCUGGUCGGCGUGGUGACUGCGCGGGACCCCGACGUCGCCAACCGGCCCGUCCGGUAUGCCAUCGACCGAGACUCGGAUUUGGACCAGAUCUUUGAUAUCGAUGCAGACACAGGUGCCAUUGUGACGGGCAAGGGACUGGACCGUGAGACCGCCGGCUGGCACAACAUCACGGUGCUGGCCAUGGAGGCAGACAAUCAUGCCCAGCUCUCCCGGGCAUCCCUAAGGAUCCGAAUCCUGGAUGUGAAUGACAAUCCCCCAGAACUGGCCACUCCCUACGAGGCAGCCGUGUGUGAGGACGCCAAGCCAGGCCAGCUCAUCCAGACCAUCAGUGUGGUGGACAGAGACGAGCCCCAGGGCGGGCACCGCUUCUAUUUCCGCCUGGUGCCUGAAGCUCCCAGCAACCCUCACUUCUCUCUGCUCGACAUUCAAGACAACACCGCAGCAGUGCACACGCAGCACCUGGGCUUCAACCGGCAGGAGCAGGACGUGUUCUUCCUGCCCAUCCUGGUGGUGGACAGCGGGCCGCCCACGCUCAGCAGCACGGGCACGCUCACCAUCCGCAUCUGCGGCUGCGACAGCUCCGGCGCCAUCCAGUCCUGCAACACCACGGCCUUCGUCAUGGCCGCCUCCCUCAGCCCCGGGGCCCUCAUCGCCCUGCUGGUCUGUGUCCUCAUUCUCGUAGUGCUGGUGCUGCUGAUCCUCACCCUCCGGCGCCACCACAAGAGCCACCUGAGCUCCGAGGAGGACGAGGACAUGCGGGACAACGUCAUCAAAUACAACGACGAGGGGGGCGGCGAGCAGGACACCGAGGCCUACGACAUGUCGGCCCUGCGGAGCCUGUACGACUUUGGAGAGCUCAAGGGCGGCGGCGGGGGCGACGGGGGCGGCGGGGGCCCGGGCGGAGGCAGCCCCCCGCCCUGCCUGCCCCCCUCCGAGCGCCACCCGCUCCCGCAGGGGCCACCCAGCCCGCAGCCGGACUUCUCGGUGUUCAGGGACUUCAUCAGCCGCAAGGUGGCGCUGGCGGACGGGGACCUGUCGGUGCCGCCCUACGACGCCUUCCAGACCUACGCCUUCGAGGGCGCGGACUCGCCCGCGGGCUCGCUCAGCUCGCUGCACAGCGGCUCGUCGGGCUCCGAGCAGGACUUCGCCUAUCUCCGCGGCUGGGGCCCGCGCUUCCGGCCCCUGGCCGCGCUCUACGCCGGCCACCGCGCCGACGACCAGGCCCCGGCCUCCUAG